AGAUAACAGACCAGGGUCCAGUGCAGAGACAGCGUGGUGGCCUGGCCGGGAUAGAGAAAGUCAUUCACCGAAUCUCUUUCAGAGUUCUCAGCGGCUUUUUGGAUCAUACAAUUUGCAUCUUCUUCUCGCUUACGCUCUGUGGUGAGAGGGAUGAAGAGAGUGGACAGUGGUCCCACAAUCUGUUUCAUGUGGACAGGAAACUGACUUGAAAAUAGCGAAGGUGACCUGCAAACAAACGACAACGGGGAGAAACGGUGCCGUCUCAACUCUCUCGAAGUUCGCAAGGUCACACAUCGGGACACGAUGUUAUGGUACGUUGUUUUGUCGUCCUGCUUAGCUGCUCUUCUGCUUGGGGGAGAGGCAAGUGCGCAACAAGGAACUGCUCCUCGAUUAUGCCAAUGUAACUCACUUUGCCCAGCAGUAAGCCAAGAUGCUGGAUCUGGUGCAGGCCCCGAGAAACUGGCCCUACUCGUAUCACCAUAUCGCCUGGCUACGGAGAGUGAGAAGGUCUACGCACCUCACCAAUCCUUCAGAGUGACACUACAUAUCCGAGAACCCAUCAACAGUUUUGCUGUGUGCGUGGCUCGGACGGCAGUGAGCGGUGCGGAGAGCAGCACUGAUCGAUUCAUUCGUAGAUUCCUGCCAUAUCACGCCAGACUAAGACAGGGAUGUUCCAAUGUCGUUCAACAGAGUCCAACAUUUUACCGCCGUACAUUUGGUGUGCUGCAGUGGAGAUGGAGGGCUCCGUCUGCCAACAUCGGAUGCUUUGAGUUCACAUCGUGCGCCCAGCUCAGUGGUGGAGAACAGAAUUUCGUACAGCACAAAGUGACCGUUUGUCCGGCUCAGUACUCACGAUUUCCCAGGCCCACACAGGACUCUCCAGCAUCAAACUUUGCUCCAGCAAACAUUCAGCUAUCGAGUAGUGCUAGUGGUGAGGUUGGCCUCACUGCCACAAUCAGUCUGCAUGCAGUGCAAGACAAUGACCAGGUAGCAGCACAGGAAACACCAGUCUUUGCAAACGAUGGACACUAUGAAGUUCAAAUAAUGGGAAGUUCCAAUUUUGAUCAAUGCUUCGUCUCUGUUGAAACUGAUGAUGGCUACGGGCAGCGCACGGAUCCAGGACUGUUUUCUAAAAGAGCAAUCGGUGGAAGCGAGCGCCGCUGGAUGGGGCACAGCAAUGUCAUUACGUGCUCCAACUCAAAACCAACAAACAUCACAAAUGUUGUCUGGACAUCGCCAGCAGAAUCAGAAUGCGUCACAUUUAGGGUAUGGCAUAUACUUGCAUCCAACGAAGCAGUCUACUCAGAGCGACGAUACUGCAAGACUGAAUGGAUAUCGGUGUGUCCGAACAGCCGUUCCUUAGCACUGCCUAAUUUCCAACCUCCGCUGCCGACGGAUCGAGUGGACACAGCUAGCCUUCGCAUGGAGACGUGGGACAAUCGGAGUCAGUCUUGGGCUGCAGUUGAAGAUGCUCUCUCCUUCCGACCAAGUUCUAUCUACCGAGUGAGGCUAACUGUGGCAAGUGCAGAUCCUGGUUUUACAACGUGCUAUGCAACAUCAACUGGUCAGGAUGUGUCAAGUCGUGAUCUUGAUCGUCAUGGUUACUUCCUGGACAAGCCAAUGAACAGUCCAGAUAAGUGCUAUCUGGAUUACUCCAACACAGUCACUUGUCAUCAUGACAAUCUCCAGCCUCGCCAGAGCAUAUUUCUCACGUGGAUGUCUCCGUCUGCAGAUAGUCCAUGCGUUCUUCUCAGGUUUUGGCUUGGACACCAAGGUGAUAGAAGAUUGCAAGAACAUGUCCACCAGCUGUGCAGGCUGACCUACGUGGAGCUGCCUGGACUGAGUGCUGCUCGCUUCAAUGCCCCGUCGACAUUCAAACCUCAAACAGCGCCGAUAGUUUAUCCCGGUCCGGUGAAGACCAGGGAUGAUGUUGAGAUAUCACUGCGAGGCUGGAGCGAGGAGCAAGGUGUCUCCAACGAUGAACUCAUGCAUUACUGGUCUGAUCAGACAUAUCUUGUAUCCGUGAAGACAGCACAACCCUACACCAAGUGCUAUAUGAUGUCAUCGCCACAACCAGUUGACAGUCCAGAGCACUCUGGGAGCUUUAUACGACGCCAUCGCUCUGGAUCGGAAACCCUGUACACGUCCUUCAAGAAUGUGAUAGACUGUGCAGCGGACUCGUCAGUUGCUGGGAGCAUGGAAAGCAAUGCAACCCGUGUGGUGUGGAGAGCACCUGGAGACGCAAGUGUUUGUGUUGAUUUCGUGAUUUGGCUGGAGUUUGCAGGAGGCAUGCUGACCAAAGUUAGCAAACCAGUGUGUCAGAUGAAAUUCCAGCUUUUCCAAAACAACUGCCCUGCACUUGCCAGCCUGCCACCGACAAUAGCGUGUCGCCAAUGUCCAGGCCAAGGAAGUCCCUACUACUUCCUGGAUAUGUUGGAUGCAACGUUAGUGCAGCGUACUGGCUGCUGUAAUGGCUUGCCACAUGAUGAAACAAACACUAUGUGCUGUGGUGAUAGCAUACAGCCCCGCCUCACAGGACAAGCUGGUCUCAGGUAUCAGUGCUGUGGGGAUACUGAGUAUUAUGAUCCCUCAGUGGCAACAUGCUGUAUGGGCAACAAGCAAGAUGGCGGCUCUAGAAGUCACCGGUGCUGCAGGGACCAGUCGUUCAGUCAUGCUAGUAUUGUAGCCAGUGGUGGUCCCGGUGGCACGGUGUCAUGCUGUGCUAACCAGCCAUACAACACCAAUACUAAAAUCUGCUGCUCUGGAGAGCUUCAUAACACCUGGCCAAACACAAUCUCUGUAGAUCUGAGGUGCUGCCCUGGACCGAACAUCCCAUACAACCCAAGCAGUCACCGGUGUCUGUGGUGCAAUGCAGACCGAACCUCUCCCAGGGUGGUACAACCGCUUGGAAUUCCGGCCAGGUGCUGUGGAGGCCUUCCGUACAACGUCACAGAGAAAGUGUGCUGUGACCAGAGCGCUGAAAUUCUCGUCGACGCCGUCUCGGCAAAUUCAGGUUGUUGCGCUGGCAAGGCAUAUGACCAGGGUAAAGCGAGGUGUUGCUCUAGUAAGAUUGUUGCCGCUCCGCCUGGAAACACGGUUACAGCAUCAUGGUCCUGCUGUGGAGACACCAGUAUUUUCAACACACGGACACACGCAUGCUGUAAUGGCACGGUGUACAAUCGCCUAACUCAGAGGUGCAUUGUAUGUCUACGUCGGCAACAUGUUGUGGAGAACAAUGGUGCAUACCAAUGCUGUAGAGACCAAGCGUACAGUCGUCUGGAAGAGAUAUGUUGCCGGGGAUCACUGAAGGCGCUGCCCAGUGUGCACCUAAGCAUUGGCUCGUUGCCACGGUAUGAAUGUUGCGGUGAAGUUGUGUAUGACACUGCUGUCAGCACCUGUUGCUCGGACUCGCGAUCGCAGCUUGCACCUGGAGCGUUGACUCCUGGCCGCAGAUGCUGUGGACCAGACAAACUAUACGAUGAGGCAACACAGCGGUGCGUGCGCUGUACAAACGGUCAACCUACCAUCGUACCGUCCGACAAGACAGUGCUAUGCUGCCAGCAGAAUGCAUUUGUGUCGGGUGUUGAGAUAUGCUGCCCCGAUGGCAGCGUUGCUCAGAUAUCGCCGGAACGGCCAACAUCCGCAGUCCCGCGUUACCAAUGCUGCUCGCAGAACCGGGCAUAUGACGCGAGGCAGGAAAGGUGCUGUGCCGACGGACGGCUCCUUGAUAGAGCGCUGCAGUGCUGAUAGGGUUGCAGGCAAGAGCAGUGGGGAUGUGCCGCAUGUACAUACACGUAUGUACAGGUGAAGGUCAUAGUGAUUGACUUGAUGAACAGCAGAAUCUGAUGUGAGCAAUCAUAGCAAGGACUCCAUGCAGCAUAAUUGCAUAUGUACAGUAUUCAAUUUCUUUAGCUUCUUAGGGUUUGCAUCCCGUUCUUACCUUCAUGAAGGUUAUCUUGUCUUGCCAUGGCGUGAGCAUGCCAUUCUAGACUGAGCAGUCAAUAGUGAUUGGAUGCAUUUCUACUGAUGAGAAGGAUACACAGGUCUGAGGCGUCAUGCCACCAUCAA